UACGAACCCUGUGGUCCUUAGAGAGUCUGUCAGUGAGUUCUGCGGGUAGGUCUACGUGGUGAGAAGUGGGAUUGUCCUGUCGUGCACCUAUCACCAUGGAUGAUUACCCGAUGUAUGGUUUACUCGUUGGGUUCUCCCUUUGGGGGACCCUCUGGCGUCUCCUCUUCCCACUGGGGUUUUGGAACACGUUUUCGUGUAGAGUAGAUACUAGGGGUGGUGCCUCCACCAAGCCCUAUACGAAGGAAGAGGAGGAGAAGAUGGCCGCCAUCCUGAAGGACAGGAAAGAGAAGAAAGAGGCCAAGAAGAAGGCCCUACAGGAGGAGCAUGCGACGAAGUUGAAGAAGAUUGAAGAGGAGAUGGCUAGAGAGAAGGAGAGGCUGAAGAAAGAAGAAGAAGCGAAAUUAAAGGAAGUGGAAAAGGAAGAAGAAGAAGUAGAAGAGGAGCCACUGGAGAGAGGAAGAAGAGGAAACAGAGGGGAGUCCAGUGAGACAAAGGAAGACUUGAUGCAGAAGAAGAUUUCAGAGUGGGUUGCAAGACUGACCCUGGGAGAGGAUGAGGAGGCGUUAAUGUAUGUGCCUAGGGACGAGCAGGAGGCGGUCGUGCGAGAGUGGGAAGCUGAAAGAGACCCACUCAAGCGCCAAGUGCUAAAGGAUGAGAAAAGGAUGGAGUGGAAGUUCCGCCUCACUAGGGAGAGAAAGAGAAGAAUGGAGGCGACAACAUAGGCGGCGCAAGAGUUGGAAGAGAUUAGGAAGCAGCGGGAUCAGAUGGCGGUCCAAGUAGAUUUAUUAGGAAAGGUAGAGAUUCUGGCCAAGAACGUGG